GGGCGGGCCCUUGCAUAUAGCUUGCUAUAUGUAGAGCUCCUCGCGCGUAACGAAAAAGCUGACGAAGAGAGAGAGAGAGAGAGAGAGAGAGAGAGGAGGAUGCACUGGAGAGAUGACGAGUUGACGUCCGUCUCUUUCUCCGACAAGUUUAUAAAUGGGAAAGCACCACCAUCACCAGCUUAGCAAUCUCCUCUAAAGCUUCCUCAUCCUUUUUAUCGCUUUCCAUUUUCGCCCUCGGCGAUUCCUCUCCUCGUUCCUGUUCCACCGCCACAUCCAUUAUGCCGCCCCCCCACCCAAGGGCCGAUGAUUUCGUCAAGGCCGUCGACGACGGCCUCAAGCUCUCCAAGCGAAUUUACUUCGGCAAGGACCGAGCGGUUGCGCCGCCCAAGCCGGUCGCUGCGAUGGACAAGUCCUCCUCUAACUCCUUCCUUCUUCCCUCUGCGCCGAUGGUCUACGCGGUGAUUGGGGAUCCCCAGAUCGUCGACAAUCCUGACAUUCCGAGCUACCAGCCUCACGUCCACGGCAGGUGCGAUCCCCCGGCCCUCAUUCCGCUUCAGAUGAAUGGGAUUGCAUUGGAGGUUGAUUGUUAUUUGGACACCGCGAUUGUCUCGGUCACCGGAUCCUGGCGUGUUCAUUGUGUCAUGGGAAGCCGCCGCUGUGAUUGUCUCGUUGCCAUCCCCAUGGGCGAACAGGGUUCAGUUCUAGGUGUUGAGGUUGAUACUCCCAGAAAAUCAUAUCAUACUCAGCAGAUUGCUAUGGAUGAGAAAAAGGAUAUGGACAAGGCUGCUAAAGCUGAAAAUGGGGGCUUUCUGAAACCCAACAUAUUUACUUUUACAAUACCCCAGGUUGAUGGCGGCUCCAAUCUUUCGAUUAGAGUUAUUUGGUCACAAAAAUUGUUAUAUAGCAAUAGUGAGUUCACUUUGAGUAUACCAUUUAGCUUUCCUGAGUAUGUCAUCCCUGCUGGGAAGAAAAUUUCCAAAAAGGAGAAGAUAGUAUUGAAUGUCAACUCUGGUGCUGGUACUGAAGUUCUGUGCAAGACAACUAGUCAUCCUCUGAAGGAGAAAUCCCGACAGGUCGGAAAAUUGGGCUUCCUGUAUGAAUCAGAAGUUCUUCAAUGGUCAAGCAGUGAUUUUAUCUUUUCCUAUACUGUUUCUUGUGAUCAUAUUCUCGGUGGGGUGCUUUUACAGUCUCCAUCCAUAUUUGAUUCGGAUCAAAGGGGGAUAUUCUGUGUUUAUCUAUUUCCAGGAGAUGAGCCAAAAAAGGUCUUCAAAAAGGAAGUGAUAUUUGUUGUUGAUAUAAGUGGGAGCAUGCGAGGAAAGCCACUUGAGGAUACCAAGAAUGCUUUAUCUUCAACACUGUUAAAGCUUGAUCCAAAAGACUCCUUCAAUAUAAUAGCUUUCAAUGGAGACAUUUAUCAGUUUUCGUCAAAGAUGGAGUUAGCCACUGAGGAAGCAAUUGAAAAAGCCACUCAAUGGAUUAAUAUGAACUUUGUUGUGGGGGAUGGUACAAAUAUUUUGCUUCCCUUGAAUCAGGCAAUAGAGAUGUUGUGCAAUACUCGUGAUUCCCUUCCUAUGAUUGUCCUUAUAACUGAUGGGGCUGUAGAAGAUGAGAGACACAUUUGUGAUGUCAUGAAAAGUCAUUUAACAAAUCGAGGAUCAAUAUGCCCACGAAUUUACACUUUUGGGAUAGGUACAUUUUGUAAUCAUUACUUCUUGCGAAUGCUUGCAAUAAUUGGGAGGGGCCAUCAUGAUGCUGCUUAUGAUGCAGAUGUAUUGUCUCUAAUCAAUACUGGCUUUUGGUCAGACUCAAUUGAGGUUCGACUGAAAGCAUUUCUUGAUCGAGUGUCAUCCACCAUUCUUGCAAAUAUUUCCAUUGAUGCCAUGGAUAAUCUUGGUGAGCUCGAGGUUUAUCCUUCUCGUAUUCCAGACCUUUUGUCUGAAAGACCACUGAUCGUAUCAGGCAGAUAUCAAGGAGAGUUUCCUGAAACUCUUAAAGCCAAAGGGUUGCAUGCAGAUACGAGCAAUUUUGUUUCAGACUUGAAGGUGCAAAUGGCAAAAGACAUACCUCUUGACAAGGUACUUGCAAGGCAAGAGAUUGAUUUAGUCACAGCUCAGGCAUGGUUUGCAGAGAAUAAUGAACUUGAGGAAAAGAUAGCAAAGAUGAGCAUAAAAACUGGUAUUAUCUCGGAGUAUACCCAUAUGGUCUUGCUUGAGACAGAGAGUGGGAAGAAAGACAAGAAAUCAGAUGAACUACAGAAGGUUCCUAGCAAGACUGAGCUACAAAAAAUGGUGGACUGGAGAGGCCAGAAGGUAAUAAUGUUGCGAAGCCUUGGGAUUGGCUUUGGAAACUUGACUGCAACAGCUGAAAACAUCAUUCCAGGAAGCGAGGGAGAAAAAGUACCAGAGGCUGCAGAAAUAUUUGUUAAAGCAGCUUCCAACUGUUUUGGCAGGCUAUGUGGCCACUGCUGUUGCAUGUGCUGCAUCAGUACAUGCUCGCGGAUAAAUGACCAGUGUGCAAUUGCGAUCACGCAGUUUUGUGGUGCCCUUGCAUGUUUGGGUUGCUUCAGUUGUUGUGAUGCUUGCUGUUCUGGACAUGACGGUUAAUAUUAGAUCAUCAUAUAUAAGCAGCCAUGCUCUUGUAUCUUUUUGUUAACAAAAUUCACCAAGAAAGAACAAAAGUUGCAUAUUUGAUAUCUUUUUGGUAACUUUUGAUGCUCUUGUAUCUCUAUGUCUGAACAAAAGUUGGAGGCAGCCCUGGAGCGGAGGCCCUGUAACUUGCAAGUUUGGUCAGACAGUGGAAGUCCCAUCCUGAGCCUGUGACUAAGUAUGAUGAACAAACGCAUAUAUGAUAGUGUGAUUAAAGGAGCUUGAAGCUCAACUACUUUGUAUGAAGUGCAAGAAAGAACACCGGCAAUUCUAUAGAGAGAUUCUCCGUUGUGGUAUA